AUGGCUCAUGCGUCUCCUUAUAAAACUAUUAAUGAUCCGGAUUUAAUAAAGAAAAAAAAUGAAAUACGUAAGGCUAUUGCUCAAGAGUACAUAAAGCAUACUUCAAACCCUUUCCGUAACAUUAAAAAGGAUGGUGGAACUUUGGUAUGUUUACAUGAAAUAUUUUCCUGAUUGUUAUUUUAAUUUUCUAUAUUUAUAAUAAUAUUUUAAAUAUGUAUAAUAUUUUUAGUUUGAUGAAGGUGUUCAAAGAUAUAUGUCUCUAAAAGCAACAAGAUAUGAAUUUUUCAAGCCAAAUCCAAAAACUUCAAUUUUAGGUGUAUUAUUGCUUGUUAUACCAUAUUGCACAUUGACGUAUUGUAUUAAAAAAGAACGCGUAUGUAUUAAAUAAAAAUAUUUACUUUCUAGACAAUUUUAAUUGCAACAUAUUUUUUAUCAUAACUUAUUUUAGGACCGUCGUGAAGAUUUAAUCCGAACUGGACAAGUAGCAUACAAGGACAGAGGUUUCAAAUUUGCCUAA